GGAUGACGUCUAUCCGAAUUUCUUCAACAAAAUUUGAACCAGACAACUCCGUAAUAUGGCACCUGGAGAGGGUAGCAGUUUCGGAACUCGAUUAGCAAAGGCCUUUCGUCCCAAGGCUUCAUCUAAACUCCAGAAACGGCCGAGACCUAGCGCGUCUGCGAGUACGCUAGCGGAAGCCUCGGGCUCACCUCAAUAUGAAAUCCGGAGCCCAUCACCUAUAUAUCACAAGGAGGCCGUGAUUGAUAGCCAAUUGGGCGAGAAUCUAGAUCACACUGCACUGCUUCAUAGUUUAGUUUAUGACGACGAGGUCUAUGAUGAACAGCAACUUUCAAGGACCACCGGCAUUGCAUGCCACCCUGAAGACCACACUCUAUCGAAGAUACCGUUGCCCAUUUGGGAUGCAGUUCUCGAAUAUCUAACGCCAUUUGAAGCAGCUAGCCUAGCAUUCACUACCAAAGGACUACUUUGGCGCCUCAGCUUACGACCAUGGCAAGCGCUAAACCACCCGGAAAACCAUCAAUACAAGAUCCAGUUCCUCCUCACAAUGGACGGAUACCUCCCAAACCACCUUUUGUGUUUCUUAUGCGCCUCCUACCACUACCGCAUACACCAUGGCAGCGAGACUCUCAAGCCGGCAGCAACACACAACCCUCUAUAUAAGUGCCCCAAGGCCUUCGAUCUUCCGUUCCCUCGCACCCGCAUCACUCCUCGCCGCAACCUUCCCUUCUCAUUUGUCCAACUCGUCACGAGGGCUAAACGAUACGGACCAGCGUACGGAAUCCCCGUGGAAUCUUUGGUGCGGCGGUGGAAGGAGGACCAUUGGACCCACCAGAGCCAAUUUGCCAUUAUUAAUGGCCAUCUGCACAUGCGAGUGAGCAGUUCUUGCUACGCGGAGCCCGGACUUACCCAGAGCGAAGUGCGGCUUCUACUAUUUUCGCGCGAUGACUAUAGCCCAUACUUUUCAGCCUGCGCCCAUUGGAGAGACGGCAUGUUGAUGGAGCUUUGUAAGUGCGCUCUCAGCCAUAUACCAAAACCGGCCGAUUCGAUGGGACAGAAAGUUAAGGACAAGCUACACCAACGCCACUACGACCCUCGGUCAAUUGUGACGCUGUGUGAAUCAUGCAGACCGAUGAGACGAUGUCCAGACUGUCCAAGCGAGUACCUCAUCGAGCUAAAAAAUAUGGAGGAUCGGCCGACAAACUCGUUCAAGCGCGCAAUCUCAGUGACGCGUUGGUGCGACCUUGGGGACGGCUUAACGCCGAUGUCACCCGAAUGGGCCGCUUGUAAUGGAGAGCUUGGGGAAUACGAUUCGUUUGGGGCGAUUGGAGGAAGGGCAAUAUCGGGCAUGUUCGAGGCGCAUUUCACCAAAGAACAUAUCCCAGGGCAGAGGAUACUAAACCUCAACCCGAGAGCAGAACGGCAUUCACAUGACGACCCUAAUUGGUAUUAGAGAAUGCCAAGCACUGUAUAAUAAUAGUUGGAUCUGGCAUGCGUUAUUUUUUUAGACGAUCAAAUAAAGGCCUCCGAAAUGUACAGGUACUACCAGGACUUAUAAACCAGGCUAUCCGACAAGUUUUCAUAGGUGACGUGGUCAGCAUGAUAGUGCCGCCAUCGAAGCUUCCCAGCCGAUGUUCGAUAAAGUUCGCCCUUCGCAUUUUCGGGCAAGAACUUCUGAAACCCUUCGAAGAGCUGUGCCGUCAAUGGCGAUGGCGUAUUUUUCAUAGACAUCUGGCCUGUCGCUAAAAUAAGCCUGUAAAUCGUCAGAAUGACGAGCGUUGAAUGUGGAGAAAAACAAAAACAUACCUCGAGAAACUCCAUGUACCGCUUUCCUUCUUCUUUGUGGAACCGCGAUGUUCCUCCAGUUGCCAUG